AUGCUUGUUUUGUUCUAUUCCAACAGAGAACAUGAACUCGGCGCAAAGCUCAUCGUGCAGAUGGACGGGAAGAAGACUCGUUUGCUGAAACCGAAACUUGGCAUUAGCAAUGGCAUACGGGGCGAUCUCGCGUCCCGUGCGGCCCAGGAUCCGUUUAACGACUUCACGUUUGAUCAUUCGUACUGGUCGGUGGACGAGCACGAUCCCCAUUUUACGCCCCAGGAAACCGUUUUCGACGAUCUGGGUACGGAGAUAGUGGACUGUGCGUUCCAGGGCUACAAUGCAUGCGUGUUCGCGUACGGCCAGACGGGAAGUGGCAAAACGUUCACGAUGAUGGGCACACCGGAAGCGCAAGGACUUAUCCCGCGCAUCUGUCGGUCACUGUUUGCACGCAUGAAGCUGGGCCAGGAGGAGGGUACGGGAUACAAAACGCAGUGCUCCUAUCUGGAAAUUUACAACGAGCGGGUAAAGGAUCUGCUCGGACCUAGCGGUGCUGGGCAUGGUUUGCGUGUGCGCGAACACCGCACGCUUGGACCGUACGUGGAAAGCCUGUCCCAGCAUCCGGUGUCGGACUAUUCGGAGAUACAGAAUUGUAUGAUACAGGGUAAUAUCCAGCGAACGACAGCCAGCACGAACAUGAACGAUACGAGCAGUCGAAGCCAUGCGAUCUUCACCAUAACCUUCGUCCAGGCACGCUACCUCAACGAUUUGCCAAGCGAAACCGUGUCGAAGAUCCAUCUGGUGGAUUUGGCCGGAAGCGAGCGAGCCAACGCAACGGGUGCUACCGGGCAAAGGUUGAAGGAGGGCGCCCACAUUAACAAGUCGCUGGUAACACUGGGCAGUGUUAUUUCCGCACUGGCCGAGCAAACGAAUCCGACCAACAACAAACGCGUGCUGUACAUCCCGUAUCGUGAUUCCAUCCUGACGUGGCUGCUGAAGGACAGUUUGGGUGGCAACAGUAAAACGAUCAUGAUCGCAGCCAUCUCACCGGCAGAUGUAAACUACAGCGAAACGCUCAGUACGCUACGGUACGCAAACCGGGCGAAGAACAUCAUCAACAAGCCGACGAUCAACGAGGAUCCAAAUGUGAAGCUGAUUCGCGAGCUGCGUGAUGAGAUAUACAAGCUGAAGUUGAUGCUCUCGAGCGACAGCGGUGCCGCUCUCGAGCCCCAGCUCAAGGUGCUGGAAGAUCUGCACAAAAAGGAAGCCCAGGAAAAGGUGCUGACCGAGGAGUGGACGGAGAAAUGGCGCGAGGCGCAAACGAUUUUACGCGAGCAGCGUUCGCUAGGUUUGCGCAAAUCGGGUGUCGGUGUGGUGCUCGACUCUGAGAUGCCGCAUCUGAUUGGCAUCCACGAUGAUAUUAGCACCGGUGUGACGCUGUACAGCUUGAAGGAAGGUGAAACCACGAUCGGCACCGAUGAGGCGGCAUAUCCGCAGGACAUUUCGCUGAACGGUAUCGGUAUCGCACCGGAGCACUGUCGUAUCGUGCUGUCGAAUGGUAAUGCGACCAUUUAUCCUAAUCCGAACGCUACCUGUUUGUUAAACGCGAGCAUUAUCGAAGUACCGACCGCGAUUAGUCAGGGCGAUAUAUUGUUGCUGGGCCGGACGAACAUGUUCCGCUACAACAAUCCGGCUGAGGCGGCCAAAAUGCGUCAAGAGCACAAUCAUCAGCAGCGAUCGUCUCGGCUCGAUCUGUCGCGCCUCUCGCUGAUUGCAGUGUCGCGCGAAAACCUAUGCGCUAGCUUUCUAAGUGACGACGACGGUGGAUCUUCGCUGAGCUUAUUUGGUGGUGGCACUAUGCCCUCACCGCAAAACGCCUUCCGUUUCCGGCAGUAUACACCGAGCAGGGAGGAUGCCGAGCUGCAGGAUGAACAUCGGAAGAUUUUGCAAACGAUCGAAAAUGCGCUGCGUCAGCUGAAUCUGGAGCGUACGCGUAUGCACGAACAGUUUAAGCAUAAGAUUAAACUGUGCACCGAAGAGCUGGAACGGCUGGAAAGUACCAAGCGCGAUCGGUUGACUAUUUUGGACUGUCGGAUCGGGGAGCUGAUGGCACGGAAGGAGAUGGUACUAUGGGAGAAAAGCAAUGAAAAGACGCAAGUAGACAUAUUAGUGCGACAGCUGUCGGCUCUGCAGACGCAGCUGGAUACGAAGAAGCGCGAUUUCUAUGAGUACGUCGCGAAAGAGCUUCAGGAGUUGCAGGACUGUGGCCGUCUGGACGAGGCAAGCAGUGAACUAAUACGAAACGCUCCUCAGACGGAGGACUAUUCGGAAAUAUUACUCCAAAUAUCUCGCUCACUAGACAACUACUCGCAGCAGUACAUCCGGGAGUUUGUUCGGCGCAAUCGCGAUGAGCUCAGUAAGUAUGAGACGGAGCUAAACGAAAAGGAGCAACUACUAGCAGAAAGUACCCAAAAGAUUGCCGAUCUAGAUCAAAAGAUACAGGAACUGAUGCAGCAGAACAGGGAUUUGUUACAACAGCGAACCCAGCAAGAGCUGGAACAAAUUCAACAGAAGAAGCUUUCGAUGACACUCAAUCUCACGCACACCAACGGGGAAGCUGAUGGUGAGAAUGGAAUGGGUGAACGGACCGAUCUACUGUUGGGUGUAAAUCGUGCAGGGACGCUAGAAACGUGUGACACAUUCCACACGGCCAAUUCGGAUUGUUCCUUCGUGUCCGCGCUCAACACGCCUGCGUUGCACUCGUUGAACCAACUCAUACCGACACCCAGCUCAACAGAGGACGGUACGGAAUCUGAUACGGGUGAUCGUGACUACGAGGAGGCUGUAUCGAAUGGUGGCCUGCACGGUGGUAUGAGCGAUAGUGGUGUUAGUUUCGAAACCAAUAAAGCCACCGAUACGGCUGCGGUUUUGUUGGCCGAAGCGGACGAAAACGAAAGCGAAGGUAGUGUAGCUGGGCAGAACGGUCCUGGAAGCGGGACGGCAAAGUUGCUCUUUCAAUCAGACGACCAUUGUCUCCUGUUAGCAACUUCAUCGACUCCGAACCCUAAGUACGGUGGCAAAAAGAUGCCCGCUACCACCACGACCGUGAUCGUGACGGAUGGAAACGGGCUGCUGAAAUCGAACCAGCAGCAAUCGCCUCGGUUGCGUCACAAAUCGUCCGAUUCGGAUGAGGAGCGUACCACGGUAACGACGAUGUCAUCGACGGGUACACCCGGCUCUAAUCGGUUAAAGCUUUCACUACCAAACCGAAACCGAAGCAAUAACAGCAAGAGUAGUAGCAUGCGUACGGAAAUCUUUGACAUCCGGCACGGCAUUCAUCCGUUACGGGUGAGCAGCGUUAGCAGUGGCACCGACGGUAGCCACGAAGAGGAGGACGAUGAAGAGGAUCAGACGGGUAGACGCCGGCAUGAGGACGACGAGGAAGAGCGCAGGUCGCGUGGUUCAUCCAUCGACAACAGUUCGAUAACCUCGUCGACGGCGAAUCUGAUCCUGUGCGAAAUGAACCACCUGCGUGAAAGUAUCGCUAGCAAGAAGGCGGAAAUUAUGAAAAUUCUCGAAACGAACGGUGAUAAAAAGAUGCUGGACGGAAAGAUUGGUGAGCUGCAGGAUUUGCAGAAGCGUAUCGUGCAGCUCGAAAUUAAGAUACAGGACGUGGAGAAGAGUUGUCUGUCGGAUGGAGAGUUGCAGCUUGAUUCGAUGCGUGACAUUCCCGAGAGCUUUACCGAUAGUGAUGAUAGCCGAGUGGGAAAUUCAUGCAUCUAUCCGGGGUACAUAAGAUCGCGCGAGCAAAAUAGUAUCUACGCACCAAGCGUUACCCGUUCGUUACCGUCCAUGGAAGGAACCUAUCGUUCCGAUCAUGCAAUAAACAUACCCACGUACAUUAUACGAGGUGCGGGAAAACAAACGCAUUAUGAGUACGAGGUAAAGAUUAACUUGCCCGACGAACGGUGGACAUUGCUGCGACGAUACAGCCGUUUUCGUGAGCUCCAUUUAACGAUGAAGAAACUGUAUGGCGAUAAGAUUGCCACUAUACCGUUUCCGAGGCGUGAGCUGUUUGCAUCCAACACGGAAUCAGUGGCGAAAACGAGACGUCGUCAGCUAGAAUCGUACCUGCGCCGCCUAUUGGUCGUGUGUGCCAAAAUUCCCCACUGUUCCAUCUACGAGGGUGAAGGACGACCCGGUCUAACCAAGCAGACGCUUAUCGAGUUUCAUCCAUUUUUCAAGAAAGGCCUAUUUGAAACAGGCAAACAUGGAACCGGAUAA